UCCACGAGAUUAACCAGUAACAUGAAACCCGCUAACCAAACAGCUAUUUUAGAAUUCCGUCUUUUGGGACUGACAAAUGACCCAGAACUGCAGCCCCUCAUCUUCAGCCUGUUCCUGUCCACGUACCUGGUCACAGUGCUUGGGAACCUGCUCAUCAUCCUGGCGAUCAGCUCUGACUCCCACCUGCACACCCCCAUGUACUUCUUCCUCUCCAGUCUGUCCUUCACUGACAUAUGUACAAGCACUACCACUAUUCCCAAAAUGCUGGUGAGCAUCCAAGCACAGGAUCGGAGCAUCACUUACACAGGCUGCCUCUCUCAGGCCUCCUUUGCUUUGGUUUUUAAUGGCUUGGAAAAUUGUCUCCUUGCAGUGAUGGCCUAUGACCGCUAUGUGGCCAUUUGUCAUCCUCUGAGGUACAUGGUCAUCAUGAAUCCCCACCUCUGUGCCCUGCUGAUUCUACUUUCCCUGUUUAUUAGCACUCUACAUGCCCUGCUCCACAGUCUGAUGGUGCUGCAGCUGUCUUUCUGCACAGACCUGGAAAUCCCUCACUUCUUCUGUGAACUUGCUCAGGUCAUCAAGCUCGCCUGCUCUGAUACCUUCAUCAAUAACCUGCUGGUGUAUUUAGUGGGUAUCAUAUUUUUUGGUGUACCUCUUUUUGGGAUUAUUUUAUCUUAUAUCCAAAUUGUCUCCUCUGUCUUGAGGAUCACAACAGUGGGAGGAAGGUAUAAAGCUUUUUCCACCUGUGGGUCUCACCUCUCAGUGGUGUCCUUGUUCUAUGGGACAGGGUUUGGAGUCUAUAUGAGUUCUGCUGUUACUGACUCCUCCAUUAAGAGUGUACUGGCUUCAGUGAUGUACAUUGUGAUCCCUCCAAUGAUGAACCCCUUUAUCUACAGUUUGAAGAACAAAGAAAUGAAGGCAGCCUUGACAGAUCUCAUUGUUGGAAUACCUUUUGUGUGA